AUGUCUCGAAAUUUAUUAACGAUUCUAGUAAUAUGUAGCAUUUUCGGAAUAAGUGUUUCUCAGAACUUAAAUACUAUACUAGACAUAGAGAAAUUAUUACAUAGUAUUCAUGCGCAAGGUACAUUAGAAAACAGGGACUUGGAGUUCGGUCAACUAAAUCACAAUAGACCAAGUCAUCACAGACAUGGUCACAAAACAAAUAAUCCCAAUCUUAUGAACAUACAGACAAUGAAUCUUUAUGUGAAGCCCCGUACACAGAGAUACAAUCUGGACAAUAUUUUAAGAACGGAGACCGAUAGAAUAUGUAAAAAAACUGGUAGGUGUGGAUGCACUGGGACUAGAUGUGGUGACAUGAACAGAGAAGAUGAAGUAGCAAAUGAAGUUGAUGAAAUUGUCAAUGAACUUAAUGAGCAAUUAGAGAGAAAGGAAUUUAAACCGAACGAAAGAGACAACGAUGAUUCCUACGAUAUAGAAUUAGACAAAAGAUUACGUUGCGUUGGAGACAGGUGCGGAUAUGGAAGGUACAGUGUUGAUUACGAUGGUAGACCAGACAAUAAUGACAUCGAUAUUGUAAUAUUUAAUAAGCAGAGACCAAGUAAUGAAGAAAGCGAAUUUGUAGAUCUUACAAGAAAUAGUUUAUUCGUCGAUUUAGAUGAAGCAACUAACAAACAAGGAUCAUAUAUUUUAGAAUUAAAUCAAAAUGCAAAAGCAACUGAUCUUCAAUCGUCCGAAAGCGAUCCUACUCCAGAUGAAUUUGUCAGUCACUACCAAACUGUUAAAAAUGACGUGAUCGAACAACUCAGGCAUUACAUACAAAACAAUGCACCGAUUCCAUUAAAGCAUCUACAUGAAAAACAAAAACAACUUCUUAGAACUUUAAAAAUGAAGUACAAGAAAGGUCGAGUGGCUGAAGAUAAAUUGCCAUCUGAAAUAGUUCGGAUUGUUUUCGGAGACCAAAGCGAAACGAAGAUUUACCCCCACAUUGAAAAUAACGAUAAUAUUUACAUUCCCAGGUGGCACUACAAUAGUCUCUUACAAUUUAGGAGAGACUUAAGGAGUCAAAAGCGGAUUUUACCUUUAACUACUCAGCAAAGAGAUAGAUUGUUAAACAAACAAACGAAAACUAUUCCAAAACUGGCAUGGCGUAAAAGUCUCAAUCAAAAAAUUAAAAGAUUUGGGGUACCUUUUAAUCUAGAAAUUCAUGGCUUAGGUCAAAUGAAUUCUUAA